CGCGGGCUUUUGCUUGCAAAGGAGGUGAACUGGGGGAUGGAAUGCGAUGCAACCAGAAGCAGCAGCAGGCAGGUCCUGUCACCCGUGGUGGCCGUGACUUCCAAGGCAAUCCUCCACUCACACCCCAACCGAAAGCACCUAGUGCAAGGGAUUGACAUGGCGGCUCUCCCCGGACGAGACACCUCACCCUCUCCUUCCCCCGCCGUAGGACUCGGUGAGGAAAGAGGUUGAAGACAACGAAAGCCCUGGAACCAACCCGAGGGAACGCCCCGUCUUCUCACGCACCUAACUGGCUGACCAGCUGACGAGAGAGAGGUUCAUGGUGCAGUGGCCAGUGAGGGAAGGAGAGGAAGAGGAGCAGGGCCUCGAUUCCUCCUCCGCGGCGGGGAGAUGGCCAAGGUGCCUGAUCUCGGCUCCGACUUCGCCCAGAAGCUGCUCAAGGACCUCCGCCGCCGCCGGGAGUGCCUCGGGUUCGAGUCGGCCCCGCCGCCGGCGCAGCGCGGCACCGCGAACGCCGCCGCGCCUCGGGAAGCCUAUUCGAAUUCUCGAAAACCACUUCAAGUUCAGAAGCCACAUCAAGCAGCUCCAGCUCCCCGGGUAGGAAGACCAGAAGCAGCAACAAAUAAAUCACUAUACCGGCAAGGCAACAGCUCCACUGCUGGACCCGGGAAGGUGCGCCGCCAUGACGCGCCGGCCGUUGCCCAGUCGCACGCCAUCGUGCCGUUCCAAGGAGGUGCCGGAGGCAGCAAGCUGACGACGCCCGCGGCCAACGCCGGCGUCGACGUGCAGAUGGCGCUGGCCCUCGCGCUCAGCACCAGCGGCAAGCUCCAGAACGUCCACCUCGUGGCGCGGCAGGGCGCCGGCGGCUCCGUGCUCUUCGGCGAGCCCGACAGGACGACGCAGGCGCGCCGCCUCCCGACUCCCGGCGCGCACGUCGGCAAGGUGGCGAUCGGCGUCCAGAAGCUGAACGACAUUCUCAUGGCGUACUCCUCCGGUGGCAGGAGGAGGGGAUCGGUUGAGAUUGGAAAGCAGCUGCUCAGAGGCGCCAUGGACCUGGAGGAGUCACUGGGCAUGCUUAUGAUGCUCCAAGAUGCCUCGGAUUACCUGGAAAACUCAGGGAAUGGCAAGGUUUUGCUGCUGGAGGGGGGCAAGGACAAUUGGAAGAGCGCGACGCCGCGUCCAACGAGGUCUGCUUCUGCAAGGUUGGUGGAGAUCUUCGACGAUGGUUCAGAGACUGAGCAGGGCGACGAUGCAAAGAGCACAUCAGAUGCUUUUAUGCAGAUCGUUCCUCACAGCUUGUCUCAGAAUUACAGAUCAAACCGAAGCUCACCUUUGCAGCUUACUACUGCCACAAAUAAUUCCAAGAGCAAAGCUGCAAGUGGCGAGAAGGGUGAUUCAAAGCUGAGGACGCCCAGUCUGAUUGCCAAGCUGAUGGGGCUGGAGAACCUUCCAUCAGCGAAGGCGGUCGCAGAGCGCAAGGGGACAGAGAGGUUUGUAAAACCUGAAUCAUUGCCAAGAAGGGCGACGACGACAAAUGCGAUGGUUGGCACAUUACCAAUACGGAUUAUAGCUUCGGAGCGGGUGCCAUCCAAAGGGCAAAUCAAGAAUUUUCAGACGAGAGAGUGGAACAUUAGCUUGACAAAGUCUGAAGAACCUGUACUGCCUAAUACAUUUUCACAUCUCACGGCUGACAAGCAAAGAAGGCAAACCAUGAGACAGGUGUUAGGUAAAGAGGAAGACAAAGAGAGAAGAGUUAGUCUAAGCCAAGUAGUUGAUGAGAAAAUCAUCCAUCAGGACAUGAAAUUGACUGAAGACAGCAACCAGCAAAAAACAACCAUCAGUGCAGGAAAAAUGACGAAUUUCCUGCAAAGACUUGGGAAGAAUGCAAAGAACAAACCAGUCACAGAAGAGAAAGACAUUGUUCAAGAAAAUAAACAAAAGCUCGGAAAGAAGCAACCCACAAGCAUAAAACAGAGAGACAGUGAAUUGAAGCCAAGGAAGGCGAGAGAGAAGUUUAACAAGGAGAACCUUGCCACUCCUGAAAACAAGGUUUCAGGAAAGAAUGGCAAGACUGCCAGGACAGAUCAAAUGAGAAGGCAACCACAAAGUAAGCGGGCAGAUAAACACAGCAUGGAAAAGAAGGUGCAGAAUUGUAGCCGAAAGCAGAGUGAAACAGCCAGUCAGAAUUAUCACCGAACACAGAGUGAAGCAUGCAGUCAGAAUCUAGAACACAAGAGGUCACUGAAAUCGGAACCAGCGCAUAUGAAAGAGAAGUUUGAAUAUAUUAGUAUGAUAGAGCUGAAGAAUGGAGAGGACACAAAAGUAGAUGAUACUGGGGCUCAUAAACCGCCAGACAACACGUCCGGUGAUGAUGGCAUAUUCAAACAAUCUGCAGGAGAGAUGGAAUAUAGCAGCACUACUAGUGGGAUUUCGCCAGAACAAUCUGAAAAGAAAUUCACUGAAGAAAUCAUUGAUCCAAUCACUCCUGUUGAACAUAACACUGCUGAUUCAAUUGCUGAGACAAAUGAUGACAAAGUCGAUCACAUAUCCAGUGAGACUACACAGAUGCUAGAAAAAACUUCUAAGGGAGAGCCGCAGGAGAAACAACUGCAACAAAUGAAAGAAGUGAAUGACCAAUCAAGAAAUGGUUUGGAUCAUAUCAUGAAGCCCGAUAACCGUAAAGAUUCUACAAAUCACAAGAUGAAUGUUAUUCCAUGUGAUUCAUUCACGGAGAACCAACUCUUGCUUGUGGAAAUGUUGCUGAAGGAUCCCUACUUACUCGAAUCUGCAAAGGCGAUAACUGGAUUCCAUCCAGUCAGUGUUAUCCAUGUGAACACAGGGAAGUGGUUAGAAAAAGAAAACAAGGUUCUUUCAGACGUAGGACGGGAAGUAAUCAGAAGAAAAGGGAAAAGAACUGAGGCGAUGGUCGAUGUUCGCAUGAAGCGUGCUGCCAAUCCAAAACUACAGACCUUGGAUGAUCUUAUCAGAGAACUGGACGGCGACAUUCAGUCUCUGAACAUUCCCAAGAAACCUCAUCAACAGAGUGACAAUAGCACAGCUGAAAACUUGAAAAUGGUACUCCUCAGUGACAUUGAAAAUACACAUUCGGAUGCUAACUCGGUGUGGGACUUUGGUUGGAACCGCAUAUAUGACUUACCGAUCGAGAAGAACGAAGUCGUCAUGGAUUUAGAAAAGAACAUAUUGGGUGGUAUCAUCACUGAUGUAGCAAGGGAGCUUAUUGGUGUAUCACUACGGCAUGGGUACUGUGCCUGUGAGGCUUGACUAACCGGGAAAUGCUGCAAACAUAGGCUGGUUUUCAAUACGAUACGUUUGUUUUCCCGUAAAACAACUUUUUAUGAGUUUCUGUAUAUACAUAUAAAAAAGAGUGUACCUGCAUGAUCUUUGGCAAUAUUCAAAUAAAUAUUUCUAGUAUAAUUUGUGCACCAUUA